AUGACAACAUAUGCCAUUCAUAAUGGGAGGGAUUUAAAGUUUAUAAAAAAUGACAAACUAAGAGUGAGAGUUAAAUGCAAGGAAGGUUGUGAGUGGUUUGCCUAUUGUGCAAAGCUACCUGAUGAAGAUACAUGGCAACUUAGGAAACUAGUUGACACACAUUCAUGUAAUAGAGAGUAUAAGGUCAAAUUUACGAGAUCAAGUUGGCUCGGGAAAAGAUUGUACUCAACAAUUAAAGAGAACCCGAACAUAAAAAUUACAGAUAUUUCUAACAAGGUUCAUCAAAAGUGGAAUGCUGGAGUAAGUAAGAUGAAGGCAUUCAGGGCACGUAGGGUUGCAAUUGAUAUGGUUGAUGGAUCAUUCAUAGAGCAAUAUAUAAGAUUACCAAUAAUUGGUCUCGAUGGUUGUUUCCUUAAAGGGUAUUAUGGGGGUAUGAUUCUUGCUGCUGUAGGUAGAGAUCCAAAUGACCAAAUGCUUCCAAUUGCCCUGGCUGUAGUUGAAGGUGAGACAAGAGAUUCAUGGACUUGGUUCCUUAAAUUAUUAAUUGAUGACUUGGGUGGACAACAAGCAUGCAAGUCCUACACCUUCAUAUUUGAUCAGCAAAAGGGACUAUUUCCUGCAAUGGAUGAGUUGCUUCCUGGGGUGGAACAAAGAUUUUGUGUAAGACACCUCUAUAACAACUUCAGAAAAAUUCACCCAGGAAAGAAGCUUAAGGAAUUGAUGUGGAAGGCAACCAAGUCAACAUAUCAUCAAGCAUGGGAAAGAGAAAUGAAAGAGUUGAGGAAAGUUAACGAAGAGGCCUACAAAUAUUUAGUGAAGAUUCCUCCAAGGUAUGCUGAUGAAAAUAUAUUUGGAGUUAGUAACAUCAACCACACAGGAGACAAGUUUAUGGCGAAAGACAUAUGCGGCAUGUUACCGACCUGUUAUUUACCAACAAAUGGACAAAAUAUAUGGGCUCAAACUCCAUAUCCUAAUGUCCUGUCGCCACCAUCAAGAAGGCUUCCAGGAAGGCCCAAAAGGUCAAGGAACAAAGAUGGCGAUGAAAAAAAAUAA